AUGCGACUGAAGGCCAUAAUUGCAAAUGGAAAUACGUGUGUAAACCAAAUUAAAUGGACAAAUUCAAAUGGUUUAGUAUCCAUUUCCUUAAAUGAAUUGAACUCGUUUGUGAGUAAUCUUCUCAUACAAGUUAAGCUUCAUAUUCUCCUGCUUGAUCAAUUUAUCAGCAAGGAUCAACUCCCUCCAUGGGCUGAGUCGGAGGAUGUAUCAUCACUUCAUACAAGUGAAUUUCAUGUCGUGGAUGUUUUUGUUGCAAUAGAUGGAACUGAAAAUUUCAUUAGAAUGGUUGAUGCGAUGUUGUCUUCACCUUUUCGCAUCACGAGACGUUAUGUCAUUCACGUGAAAAAUUGGGUUUAUAAUGAACACAUUAUUGUUGAUCAAGAUGAAUGGAACAUUGUCAUUGUUUGA